AUGUCUCUCACACGCUCCUCUGAUCCCUUGGUCUGGAUCGACUGCGAGAUGACCGGUCUCGACGUCGAAGAUGACCAAAUCCUCCAAAUCUGCUGCUUCAUCACGGACGCUCAACUCCAAAUCCUCGAACCAAACGGCUUCGAGGUUGUCAUUCACCACCCCGACUCCACCCUCGACACCAUGAACCCAUGGUGCAUUGAGACGCACGGCCGCACGGGCCUCACGGCAGCUGUCCGGGCCUCGACAACCAGCCCGACCGCUGCUGCCGAAUCCCUCCUUGCCUAUAUCCAGCGUUAUGUACCGACCCCGCGCACUGCUCUGUUGGCUGGGAAUAGUGUCCACGCUGACAAGGCAUUCUUGGUUCGUGGGCCUUAUGCGCCUAUUAUGGAGUACUUGCACUAUCGAAUUCUGGAUGUGAGUACUAUCAAAGAGGCGGCGAGACGAUGGGGUAGUGAUGAGUUGUUGGCAUCUGCCCCGCCUAAGCGGGAGGUGCAUCUAGCCCGGGAUGAUAUUUUGGAGAGUAUUGCGGAGAUGAGAUAUUAUCAGGAGAAGCUAUUUGGGUGA